GUACAACUUGGUUUCCUCCUUCAAUCCGGCCAUGAAGUUUUAUCGAAGUCCAUCCCUUCUCACCGCUACUGAAGGCGGUCAGCCCAGCUUCCAUGUUGUCGCCUUGGGGCUUCCAGGGUUUGCAUUCUCUGAAGGUACAAAGAACACUGGCAAAGGAUUUGUCCUGAACCACUACGCGGAAGUUGGCGGUAAGCUCAUGCUUGCAUUAACCCGCUCUGUUCCGCUUUCGCGAUACAGAUUCUCAUCGUCUCCCUAGUCGCACAAGCAGGCGAUUUGGGAGCCGUUGUACCCUCUUUGCUGUGACCCAUGUGGUAUUUCAUGCCGCCGCGGAUCCGCUCUCUAUCUCAGAUAACUCACGCCAUGGCCUCCAUCUACGGACCGAAUCACGUCGAAGCUUACCACACCAGCACACCUUUUAACGGUCGAUUCGGACCACCGCCUGGUUUGGAUCCUUCUAGCUAUACCCAGAGGACCUAGCAGCAUUAGAAGAGAUUAAAUCAUAUAGCACGAAAGGAAACGGCUACAUAAUGGAACAAGCGACACAACUGUAAACACUUGAGUACAGUUUGAGCGAUUCUCCUGUUAGCCUUCUCGCAUGGAUAUACGAGAAGUUGGUGACUUGGACCGAUCAACAUGCUUGGGAUGACGAUGAAGUCCUAGCAUGGAUCUCGAUCUACUGGUUCUCUCGCUCCGACCCAGCAGCCAGUGUUCGUAUUUACUACGAAGUGGUACAGGAUGGUCAGUUGGAAAAAAAACACUGAUCCGCUCAAGACAACCAUUCCUUUCGGUGUAUCUUACUUCCCAC